CCUUCAGCACAGGCCUGACUUUCCGCCUCAUCUGCCGAGGCGCAACGAGCAACAAAACAGCACACGCCAUGCCGUAAACCACCCCGCCGGGCUCCGGCCUCACCGGCAUGGUUUCUGAUGAUCACGCCGACCCCGGCAUCUCCUGUCUGCUGUCGGAAGAGCCAUCUGACCGUCCAUCCUAGAGACCCUUCGCCCCCGCAGCCCCGGCCCGCUCGGCCAUUGGCCAAGUCACCGCCAGCCCGCACCCACCACAUGAAAUCAGUGGAAGUUUCUAUACUUCCUGCAAGUUCUAAUAUAUCUUCCCUUCUACCAUGUUCUGAAGCUUUGUCUGCUUUGCUCUAAUCGAAUCCCAACUUUAUUUGUUUGAGGAGUGGCAAUACUGUCCUCUCAUUCACAGUUCUAUCUUCCACAAAAUCACAGCCAUCUCUUUCUGCAUGGGAGGUGUUUGAUGAAUUGCCUUGUCGACGAGCCAAAUCUAAUAGAGUUGGAUUACAAUUCUUUGUGCAUAGGAUUGAUCAGUCUUAAGAUAGUUCCCUUGUGACCUUUUAGCGUUAGUGUUGUCACUUGCCAUAGAGAUAUUUUGGUAGCUGCUUUUGCAAAAUGUAACACAGAAGAAAGAUGGCUCAUCUUUCAUUAGGCGGAGAUAAGGAUAGAAAUUAGGGGAUUUGGUUGUGGCAGUAUAGGUGGGCUCACAGGUGAGAGCUUUAUUUGGGUCUCAUGGUGAUGGUUCAUGGAUAACUUGGUCCUCCAAUGGGAGCAGAUGACUUGUUAUGCUUUGUAUAUUGGAUGCAUGCACCUAAAUUGCCUCAAGAGGUGUCGUCUGGAUUUUCGGCAUAGUGAUGAUUUAUGAAGAUGCUGAGGACAAUGAUUAUCCAUUGGAUGUGUCGCCAGCACUGGAGUUUGUCAUAACAGAAAAGGACAUUACUGCUACAGGAGCUAGAUCAACACUUGUUGUCUUCAAUAAUGAAAGGGGAUUUUCAGCAGCAAACAUUGACUCCAUAUGUAGGAUUGGCAGGUCAACUAAGAAAGGAAACAGACAUCUUGGCUACAUUGGUGAAAAAGGUAUUGGUUUCAAAAGUGUAUUUCUAGUUUCAGGUCAACCACACAUCUUCAGUAAUGGAUAUCAGAUAAAAUUCAAUGAAAAGCCUUCAGCAGAUUGUGAUAUAGGAUACAUUGUUCCUGAAUGGGUUGAUGGGAAGCCAAAUAUUGAUGACAUAAGAACAGUAUAUGGCCCUUCUAGGAGUCUUCCUACAACUGUUAUUAUCUUACCUUUGAAGACUGAUAAGAUACUUGCUGUGAAGAAAGAACUUAAUAGCACACAUCCUGAAAUUCUUUUGUUUCUUUCAAAGAUUAGGCAGCUCUCUGUCAGGGAAAUGAACCAUGAUCCUAAGGCCAGUAAGAUCAGCCAGAUUUCGAUUUCCAGUGAAGUGGACUACAGGUCGAGGAAGGACAUAGAUGCAGAGUCUUACACGCUUCAUCUAGCUAUGCAGGAAAAUAGCAAGGGAGAAACAGAAGAGUGCACCUAUUAUAUGUGGAAGCAGAAGUUUGCAGUCCAACCAGACUGCAGAAUUCAGAAAAGGAUGGAAGUUGAUCAAUGGGUAGUUACGUUGGCAUUUCCUCAUGGACAGAGACUAAGCAGAGGAGCAAAAUCGCCUGGCGUAUAUGCAUUCCUUCCUACAGAGAUGGUCACUAACUUGCCCUUUAUUAUUCAAGCGGAUUUUCUUCUAGCUUCAUCCCGAGAGUCCAUUUUAUUUGACAGCAAAUGGAAUCACGGUAUACUUGAGUGUGUACCUUCUGCUUUUGUCAAUGCUUUUGGAGCUCUCCUGAAAUCGUCAGGGGAUGCCCCACAUUUUGCGCUCGCACCCAUUUUCAGGUUUCUGCCAAUUCAGGACCCUUCAAUAUCACUUUUUGAUAAUGUCAGGCUGUCCAUAAAAACCAAAGUUGAAGCUGAGGACAUAAUGCCUUGUGAAUCAUGCACUACACAGAAGGUCUUCUGCAAGCCCACUGAAGUCUCUCGUCUCGAUAGUGCAUUCUGGAGAAUUUUGAAUUUGGCCCAGAAGCAAGGAAUCGGUCUGCAGAAUCUAUCUUUGUAUGGUACUUUUGUCCUGAGCUCCUAUCUUGACAACCAAGAAUAUGAUGAUGUAUUAAAAUUUCUAGGUAUUGGAUAUGCCAGCAAAGAAUGGUACAGUAAGUGUAUUGAUGGAUUGAAUCUUGUGAAAGAGGCAUCAGAAGAACUGUACCUUCAGAUCUUAUAUUUUGUUGCUGGAAAUUGGAAACUGUUUUUUGGAACAAGUAUGAUGCUUAUAUCUCUCAUAAAGUAUGUGGAUACCAACAGUCGAUUGUCAUACUCCAGUGUGCUAGCAGCACAAAAGUCUUUAAAGAUAUGUACUGCAUCUAAUUUGGAUGAUUUAUCUUGGCUUAUUUCCUGGAACAAGGAACUCUCAGCGGCCCCUGGUCUAUUCUUUUUGCCCCUCAGUACACAUAGGUCUCUGGAUGCAUUUUCUGGGGGAAUACAGAUAAUGGACUGGCUUAGAAACAUUGUGAACAUGCAAAUUUUGACUCCAAACGAGUAUGCUUCUACUGCAUCCAAGUCACUUAACGAGAGUGGGUUGGCUCUUAUUUACUGCCAUUUUCUUUAUCAUUCACAUGCAAAAAAGUACAUAACUGAGAGUAUCAUUGUCAACUUGUGCCAAGCAUUGCCUGUGGUUGAUAACUUUGGAAAGGUUAUAAAACAUAGAAAAACUUUGCUUGUCCCUGCUGAUGGAAGCAAGUGGGUUAGAGUAAUUGGUACUAAUCCUUGGAGAUCUCAAGAUUAUGUUGAGCUGUCAGCAGAUUAUAGCUUUUCAGGAAGAUAUGCUGGAAAUUAUACGUCUGAUGGUCAGCUCAUAAAAUUCCUGAGGACCUAUGCACAAGCAGCUGAUAUACCAUUUUUACGUCCUCCUAAUUCCAGCUUCCCAACAGUGUCGUCUCCUCUGGCCAUGGAAAAUGCACUUUUGCUGUUACAGUGGAUAAGGAAUUUAAAAUUAAAAAUAGUCCAUCUGCCACAAAACUUCUUAAACUGUAUUAGGAAUGGGAAGUGGCUAAAAACAUCUCAUGGUUAUGAGUCACCAUUAAGAACUUUUCUAGCAAGUGCAGUAUGGGGAAGUAAGCUGCAGGUACAGUUUAUCUUUGCUGAUGUACCCAUAAUUGAUGAAGAGUUCUACGGAAAUAGAAUAAAUGCUUACAAGGAAGAGUUGAUGGUGAUUGGAGUGCAAUUUGAGUUUGCAAAUGCAUCUAUACACAUUGGCAACCAGCCUUUGUGUACGGAGGAUGCUAUUUUACUUCUACAGUGGAUUAGGCAUCUAAGAUCAAGGGGCAUCCUGCUAUCCAAAAACUUUUUGGGCAACAUCAAGAACGGUAAAUGGCUGAAGACCUCAAUUGGUUACAAUGCACCAUCUCAGUCUUUUUUGUUGAGUUCAGAAUGGACAAAUUUGCGGCAGAUUAUUUCAGAGUUAGCUGAUGUACCCUUGAUUGACCAAGAAUUUUAUGGGAACAAAAUAAGUUCUUACAAAGAAGAGCUGAGAUCCAUUGGAGUGCAGUUUGAAUUUCCGUACGCAUCUGUGGACAUGGCCAGCGAACCAUUGACUAUGGAGAAUGCUAUUUUACUUCUACAAUGUAUCAGGAAUCUGUUGAGGUGCGUCCAGCUACCCCAGAAGUUCUUGAGCUUUAUCAGCAAUAGAAAGUGGUUAAAGACAUCCUUGGGUUACAGUUCACCUCUGGGAUCCUUUUUGCUGAGUGCAGAAUGGGAAAAGUUUCCACAAAUCCAAUCAAUCUUAGCUGAUGUACACAUUAUUGAUCAAGACUUUUAUGGAAAUGAAAUAAAAAAUUACAAGGAAGAGUUGAGAGUUAUUGGAGUGCAAUUUGAGUUUGUAGAUGCAGCUGUGCAUAUAUGUAACCAUCUUCUCUCCUCAACAACUAAAACUUUCUCUCGAGCCAAUAUGUUAGCUCUACUUCAAUCGAUCAGAUUUCUGAAUGAGAAUAACAAGACUCCCCAUCUCAUUGAACGAAUGGAAAAUGGCUGCUGGGUUAAGACUUGUCUUGGCAGCAGAUCACCACUAAAUUCAAUCCUAUUUAAUUCAGAAUGGGAGAAUGCCUCGGUCAUCAGUAUCUUGCCUUUUAUCGAUACAGUCUUCUAUGGGGUUGACAUAGCUGAUUUCAGGUCAGAGCUUGAGCUAUUUGGAGUUGUUGUUGGAUUCAAAAGAAAUUAUCAGCUGGUGGUUGAUAACUUUAGGUUCUCUAAAGAUACAAUCACUCCUAGUGCCACAAUACUAAUGCUCAAGUGUAUUCGAUACGCUGAGGAAUGUCUUGAUUUUGUAGAAAGACUGAAAGAUCUCAGAUGGUUGAAGACUGAUGUUGGCUUCAGAGCUCCUCACGAAACAUUCCUUAUUGAUGACGACUGGAAAUGUCUUUUGGAGGUUGUUGACAAGGUGCCAUUGCUUGAUCUGGAAUUCUAUGGGGAUGAAAUCAAGCUGUACAAAGUAGAGUUAUGUAAGACUGGUCUAAUUGCUGGCUUCAAGGAAGUGAGUAAAAAACUAGUGUGUGGUAUCAAGAAACUUGUAAACACUUCUUCUAUUACAAAAGAGCGGGCAUUUGCACUGCUAGAGUGCUACAGAGACCUAAUCACCAGGCAUGGGAGGUUACCCGUUGAUCUUGGGAACCUCAUGCACCGUGAGAGAUGGCUACAUACAUCAUUUGGUUUCAGGUCUCCGAAGGAAGCAAUUCUUUUUGGCUCAGAAUGGGAGUCUAUUGCUUUAGUUUCCCGCCUACCAUUCGUCGAUGACAGCAACACACAGUAUGGCCUUGGGAAGGAGAUUUACUGCUACAGUAAUGAACUGAUGGCCUUGGGUGCCAAAGCUCAAUUAGAACAAGGUGCAGCAUUUGUCAUUUCGGGACUCCAUAUUCCAACUGAUCCUUCAGCUGUGACUCCAGAAGCUUUUAUUUCAUUGCUAAAGUGCAUCAGAAUCUGGAGAAAAAACGGAUCUGCUCUACCUAAAAGUUUCAUGAGCGCAAUCAACUUGAAGUGGGUUAAGACAACUGCAGGGUACCGUCAUCCAAACAGUUGUAUCCUUUUUGGUUCGGCGUGCUCUUCUCAUGUUCACAGGGAUGAUGGCCCUUUUGUAGAUGAAGUGUUUUAUGGACAGGAGCUAGUUUCAUAUGAGAGUGAGCUGCAAACAAUAGGGGUUAUUGUGGAUCCUAGAACUAGCUGUGCUUGUGUACUGUUGGCACGGCAUCUAAAAGGUCUCUCUAAUGCUGAUGCAAUUUCUAGGAUUUACUCGUAUUUGGAGGUGUACCGUUGGAAGCCUAGGUACACCAGUGAGGACUGGAUUUGGAUACCUCAUGAAGCUAAUGAAGGACAAUGGGUUAACCCUGACAGUUGUGUUCUUUAUGAUAGUAACGGUCUUUUUGACUCUCAGCACCAUGUUCUAGUGAAAUGGUACAGCAGCAAAUUGCUUCGGUACUUUAACACGGCUUUUGGUGUGAAGCAUCAUCCAACAGUCAGCGAUUAUUGCAAGCUCUGGAGUAUGUGGCAGGGCUCGAACUCUGCACUGACACAAAAAGAAUGUGUUGCUUUCUGGGAAUUCUUUGGCAAGAACUGGAGCACAGAUAUGGGGAAGUUUAUUGCUGGGUUUAUUGAUAAGGUUCCUGUUAGUUCUGAUGAUCAGAUCUUGCUACUUGAGAAACAAGAUGUCUUCAUUCCCGAUGAUCUACUACUUGAGGAUCUUUUCAAGAAGCAGGCUCAGAAACCUUUGUUCAUUUGGUAUCCUUCAACUAGCCUGCCUUGCUUGUCUCCUGCUAGAUUAAAUGAUAUCUACAGUAGCAUUGGUGUUCAGAAGAUAUCAAAAGCUGUUACCAGCAAUCAAUUUGAGCUCUUAAAAAUUGAAUCUGUUACCCUUGUUCAUAAGAGUACUGUGAUUAAACUUGGGUUGCUCAAAAUUGUUCUGGCUUUCCUUGCCGAUCCCAUCCUCAACAUUUCUGUUGAGAAGAGGCAUGAAAUGGUCGCAAGUCUCACCAAUGUUGCUGUCUACGAGACAAGAGAUCCUCUUAAUGUGAGUUAUCAGGUUGCACUUUCUUCAGGAAGAAGAGUGCAUGGUACAUGUGCAAGGUUUUUCCGUUGGGAGAGGGAGAACUCAAGGUUAUUUGUGACAGAGACUGACGAACCAGGAUCAAUGACCAAUGCAAGGAAGAUGGAGUAUGCAUUAUGUUUUGCUGAGGAGAUCUCUAAAGGAUUGUUGUCGGAGAAUACAGAUCGGAUUACAGCUCUUGCCGAACUCGUGAGGACUGGGUUCUUGCUGGAAUUUGAUGUUCCUGCAGUUCAGAUUUUGUUGAAUUUGAAGAACCUACGGCUGUUUGAGCAGGAUGAAGAAUUCCUUUUACCUUUCACAAUAUUGUGCUGAUGGAUUACGUGGUUCUUCCUAUAUUAAUAUUAUGCUAUUUGGGGCUCCUGUGGGAUUUUGCCAAGUGAUCAACAUCCUGUGUUAGUUGCACUAAGGUUGCGAAAUAUUUCAUACCAAUAGGAUUCAUGGAUGUUCAUUCAAAUGUGCUCUCCCGCAAAUGUGUCUCCAGAUACAAUAACAAAACAUGUCUUCUGUGCGAGAUGAGCUGCUGGAUUAGGCGAUUAGCCACCAAACUAUUGAAUGUUAUAUAUUAUUACAUAUAUGGUGUUCUUGCUUAUGAACUAGCUUCUUUUAUGCAUUUUUUCUGUGUCUGAACUAUAUAUAUUGUUCUAAUGGUUUGUCCACGGUAUGUUAAUUAUGAAGUGUGGUUUGAAUAUCA